AUGUACUUCACUUCCCUGAUUCGCAUCUCACUAGCUGCUCUUUUCUUAGCAUACACAUUAUUUAUUGUUAAUGUUUUCUCGAAUCCAAUUCCAUUUAAGAAAGAAAAAGAAGCUGCACCACCACCACCAUCAGGUCCGUUAAAGGAUGUCGAUCUAUCGCCUUUUAAUGUUGAUCCAACAACUCUGAAUGGAAUUGUUGACCAAUAUUCGAAACCACCCAUUCCGGGUGAUACAAAUGAUAGUCAGCCGCUAUCGCAGCAGGCUAAACCACAAUCUCAACCACAAUCUCAACCAAAAUCCCAACCACAGUCCCAGCCACAGUCCCAGCCACAGUCCCAGCCACAGUCCCAACCACAAUCUCAACCGCAAUCUCAACCGCAACAACAGGCUAAAACCCCUCAAACAAGCCAAGCAACCCCAUCAAACGUCGCUCCUCCAGUUGCAAAUGAUACAACUAAAACUCCUGUUAAUAAUGCUGAUAGUACCACCUCUGUGGCUCCGGUAGUGGAUGGUAAUAUUAACAAUCUAACUCCUUCCACCGUCACUGAGGCCCCAAUAGUAGCUCCCGCUACUGAUGCUGCCUUAGCUGGUGAUGUGCCUCCUUCAAUCGCACCUGCUGUAGACGUUUCCUAA